AUGGCUCCAACUACUUUGUACCAAGCCAGCAUUGGGUUCUUCAUCAAUGGCAUGAGCACACUCCUGCACAUCCUACAGAAAGCUUCGGAGGCGCCAAAUGCCGAGUCGUUUCCAAACGCAAAGCUUUACGAGGACAUGCGCCCACUGUCCUUCCAGAUCCAAACGGCCUCCAACUCGGCCAAGAAGAGCGUACUGCGCCUAACAGGGAAAGACUUUGGCGCCUGGGAAGACAAUGAAACAACCAUGCCGGAGUUGAUUGCGCGAGUAGAGAAGACCCUGGCUUUGUUGAAGUCGAUCGAGCCAAAGGAGGUUGAAGGAGCGGAUGAUAAGCUUAUUGCGCUGCCCACCGCCGAAGGAGGAACGGCCGAACGGAGCGUACGAGUGAUCAUGCUCUCUUUUGGUGUACCUAAUUUCUUUUUUCAUGUCAACAUGGCAUAUGCGAUUCUCCGCUCUCAAGGUGUCCCCUUGGGUAAAGACGAUUACAUCGAGGGUUUCAGUCACGCGACCUAA